AUGUCAGACAACAUCGAAAGAGAGCUGGACUAUAUUCUCGAGCAAGACGUGGCACGAGACAGCAGAAUAGAGGGAUUUCAGCAGGAGCUCUUGGAGUUGAGAGCCCAAGUUCUGCGACUGACCCAGCAGAAUCAGCAAAAGGUUCUUUCUUCAGUCUCGCAGUGCAAUCUAAUGUUGACUAAGUUGCAAAAACUGCCAAAAAUUGUUGCAUCUAUGCUAAGAGAAGGUGAAAGUGUGUCACCAGAAAUAGUGGAAAAGGAACUGGACAAGCUCCUUGAAUCGCAGUGCAGAGCAAUGCGCACAGCGCUGGAUCCUCUGAGCGAAUUCGCGAACAGAGUCACUGAAGCAGCGUCUGAAGCACAUGCAAAGCACGACGAAGAACUAGACGAAAUUUUCGCGCAGACACUGCAUGAUGAUUACUGCAUGCGUGAGCUUUCGAAAAAGCUAGGUGUAAAGUCUACAGAAAAGGUCAAGACAGUUCCCUCGACGUCCGCGCAAGCCGAUGCGGAGCAGACUCCUAUGGAGACGGAACAAAUCGAGACACAGCAAAGUGACUUUCGCAAAGCUUUUGAGUUGCUGAAAGCCAACGACUUAUCUACAGAUGUCGCACUGCAGCCGAUCGAGUUCGAUGCAGUGACUGCUGCCGAAGGUGAGCCACUAUCUAGGCAAGCCCAUUCUUAUGGUUCUUAUUGUCCGAGGCAGUUUGUUGACCGAACCCCAUUUCAGAUGAACGUCUCCGUGACCGAGCCGCUACGACCCAUGGAACAACCCUCGCCAGUCAGGGGCAAUCCCUCGAAAGCUCUUCGCCUUUAUGGAGUCAGCCCACCAGCGCACCAGGCUUACGAAAAGCUCGAAAAUCUCGCACAAGGGAUUGAAAGAAAUAAAAAGGUAGCUGCGGCAACGAGGUCCGCCUCUGAAUUGAAGCAAGUGAACGAGCAAAGAAAACCGCGACGAUCCUUCCCAUUCCAGAAAGUUGAAGAAAGCGCAGAUCGAGCUAGAAACGUUCAAAACCGAUCUCAAGAUAGCGGAGAACAAAGCUCCCAAUCACCCAUACAACAUGAUAGCCUACCACCACAAGCAGACCGCGGCUUCUGCCGGAUCUGCAAAAAGCCGGGACACCUCCUACGAGACUGUGACAAGAGGCAACAAGGGGCUGGGCAGCAAAACUCAGAGCACGCACUGUCACCCAAUAAUGUUUGCCCAAAACAGCCGAAACGCACCUUCACCACGGUUCUCGGUAAUUGGUCUUGUCUCACUUCAGGGUUGCACCACAGCAAAAAUGAAUUAUCGGCAGCAAAACUAUGCUGGCAAACCAACGUGCAACUCCUAGGAUUUACUAGGAGAGCGCUGGUUGAUACAGGAUCCCGAGUGAGUAUCCUGCCGCUAAGCAUACUGCUGGACGCGAAAAGAGGCUGGGUUCGAUCUGGACGCAGACGUCGAAGAGGUGAAGAUGGAAGAUCGCAUAAAAAUCUACGAUGCUUCGGGACGAAAAAUGGCAUUCAAAGGUGCAGUUAG